CAAAAGAGAAGUUGAGGACUGAGGAGUAGUUGAGGCGGCAGAGAAAGCAUAGAUCUCGUGCUGCCAUAGUGCCGUCGAGUUUCAGUCAGUGACAUGGCACACGCUCAUGAAAUUCAGCCUCAGAUCAGAGGUACGUCCCGUACAUAGACAUCAGAAGCAGAGAGCCUCGGUCGUCCCGUACAUAGCAUGUCACUGGUUGAGGACUUUGAGGUGAAAGCUAAGUCAUGCACAUAUAUGAUACUGUAUAAUAAUAGCUGACCUUGUACGCAAUUUACUUUCGUUCGAUGAAGGUUCUCCGGGGCACGAAGAAUCCGGCGGCGGCGAUGACAGGGAGUGGCCGGAACCCGCCACGCGUGGCCCGAACAGACGCGGCAUACGGUGGUGGGUGCUGGUGCUAGUGGACAUGCUGAUGCUGCUCUGCGGGGAGGCCAUGGCGCCCCUCCUCACCCGCCUCUACUUCAACUCCGGGGGCGGCAGCAUGUGGAUGGCCACGCUCGCGCAGUCCGCCGGCUGGCCGCUGCUGCUCGUCCCGCUCCUCCUCACGCCGGCGGCGGCGGCGGCGGUGGCGGCCGAGGAGCCCCAGCCCGCGGCGGCGGGCAAGGUGGCGGCCGUCUGCGUCGGCCUCGGGCUCCUCAUCGGCUUCGAGAACCUGAUGUACUCGUACGCCAUGCUGUACCUGCCCGUGUCCACCUUCUCGCUCGUGGCCGCGACGCAGCUCGCCUUCAGCGCCGUCACCUCGCGCCUCAUCAACGCGCGGCGCCUCACCGCGCUCGUCCUCAACUCCGUCGUCGUGCUAACCUUCUCCGCCGCGCUGCUCGCCAUGGGCUCCUCCGACUCUGACGGCGGCGGCGCCGGGGCCUCCGGCAGCAAGAAGCGCGCACUCGGCUUCGUCAUGACCCUGUCCGCGGCCGCCGUCCACGCGCUCAUCCUGUCCCUGUUCGAGGCCACCUUCGAGAAGGUGAUCAAGGCGAGCACGCUGCGGUGGGUGCUGACGGUGGAGAUCAGCACGAACGCGGUGGCCACGGCGGUGGCGGCGGCGGCGCUGCUCGCGUCGGGGCAGUGGAGGGCGAUCCCGGGGGAAGCGGCGGCAUUCGAGCACGGGGCGGCGGCGUACGUGGCGACGCUGGCGGGCGUCGCCGUGGCGUGGGAGGCGGCGUCGCUGGGGACGGUGCGGCUGAUCGCGAGGGCGUCGUCGCUGUUCGCGAACGUGACGGGCACGCUGGACGUGCCGCUGGUGCCGGUGUUGGCGGUGGCGAUGUUCGGGGACAGGAUGACGGGGAUCAAGGUUGUGGCCAUGCUCAUGGCCGUGUGGGGUUUCCUCUCGUACGUGUACCAGCACUACCUCGACGAUCGUCGCGCAGCGAAGCGGAAGGGUAGAAGCCAAGCCCAAGCAGUUGUUCCGGCUCUCGACGACGUGGCCUCACAGAGGCUCUUGGAAAGGACGUGUGUGAUCCAACUAUCCAAGUGAGACGCGAGCGUAAAUAAUGGAUAAAAUAAACUACUAACUACCCACACUUUGCAUUGCAUACUUUGGAGCAAUCUCUCCCUCCCUCCUAAAUCUCCACCAAUGAGCCUCUGCGUUGUGUCUGUCCUUAAUACUCGAAAGAAAACAUAGGUGAAACUAAAGUUAGGUUCACAUGAUGUAAAUUGUUUUUUCAAACAAUGGAAUAGAA